AAUUUCAGACACGAUAAAAUCGGGCUUUUUUACGCACAGGAUUUCUUACUUUGUAUCGAAGGGCCAUAAAUUCCGUUCAUUUGCGGAUCUGUAAGUUUUUUGAUGAAUCUCAGCCGUGAUCUUCAUUGCUCACUCUUAGUUGACUCUCAAACCUCUGUGCAAAUCCGAAGAAUUAGGGUUUCUUUGCAAAUGAUCAGCGCGUUUUUCUUCUCUGAAACACUCUGAAGAUCUCUGUAAAUGCAAAGACUUGGGAUUUCUUUGAUUAAAAUUCUUCAAGAUCUGCUCAUUUUUCAAUGUAUGACACUAAAAUAGAGUAAAAGGGUAUGUUGGUGCGGUAGAGGUUUGGUCACAGUGUCUCAGUUGGAUUUCCAUUGGAUCCAAAUGAAUUGAGUGGGGAAUUUGGGUUCCUUGUGUAUUUGGAGCACUAAUAUGAAGUAACUAUUUGGCAAUCUAAUGUGAGGGAUUUCCAUAGUUUGUGUUUCGUAAUGCACAUAUACAAUGGUCCUAAGUUUGAUGUUUCUAUUCUCAUGGUUGAAGAUAGCAAGGACUUAUACAUACGUGAUUUCAUAUAUGUGAUAUAGACAUGGUGUACUUUGGGCACAUGAUCGAUGUUUUUGGAUUAACAAUUCCGACAUAGGGAUGAUGCAAGGAUGUGAGUUUUCUUAUUUCAGUUUAUGCAUGCUAUGAAUUCAGGUUUAUAUCAGAGAUCUUCUAGAUUAGCUUGGGGUCUGUUAGAAAGUCAAGGACUCAGGGUUAAGGGAAGUCCUUGACAAUUAUGCAGGAAAUAAGGUAUUUGAGGAUGAUUGUUUGACUUGUGGGUAUUUGAGGUUACAAUGGACGAGACUGAUAAUAAUCGAAGAGAACUACCAGGAACAUUGCGCCAGAUCUCUUUACGGCCAAGUGGAAGCUUGAAAUCUACUCUCUCGGGGAGGUUAACCCCUCGAUCUUCUCCAUCUUUUCGAAGGUCUCAUUUUAGUCAUACUCCUCGUAAAGAAGGCCGAAUACGUGCAAGCCCUGCAUAUUGGGUCAGAAGCAAGAGGUUGCUACCUUUGUUAGUUAUAAUUGCAGUGUGGAGCUAUGUGGGAUUUUAUGUGCAAUCAAGAUGGGCCCAUCACGAAGACAAUGAACAGUUCCUUGGUUAUCAAAGCAACUCUAAGGAAACAAAUAUCAGCAACCGAGCAUCAAACCAGAGUCUAGAUCCCCAAAAUAAACCUCAUACAAACCACGUGAAUUCUUUACUAUAUAAUGUUUCUCACAAGAAGCAACCCAAAGAAGAUCAACAAGGGUCAGACCAAAAGAGGUUGCUCAUAGAAUCAUUGAAGAAGAAGGGAAAUUGGACCACAAAGGAGGCUUCACUUGUUUCUAUUCAGCGUGGUACCACUACAAGGAAACCUAAAAGGUCUAAUCGAACCAAGCAAAAAAGUGGUAAAGUGGGGGCUCGAGGAAGCAAUAAAAAUACUGGGAAUAAUACCAUGUUUAAUGUAGGAGAAUUUGAUGGGAUGCCAAGCAAAAAUACUUCAUAUGGGUUGGUUGUUGGGCCUUUUGGUAAUGUGGAAGACAGUGUUUUGGGGUGGAGUGCAGGAAAGAGGUCUGGUACCUGUGAUAGGAAAGGGGAAUUUGCUCAUAUGGUUUGGGGUAGAUCUUUUGUUGUUAUACUUCAUGAGCUCUCCAUGACUGGUGCCCCUCUUUCAAUGAUGGAGCUCGCAACUGAGCUUCUCAGUUGUGGGGGAACUGUGUCUGCUGUGGUUCUUAGCAAGAAAGGUGGAUUGAUGGCAGAGCUUUCUAGGCGGGGUAUCAAAGUGCUCAAGGACAAGGCUGAUUUCAGCUACAAGGUUGCCAUGAAGGCAGAUCUAGUGAUUGCAGGUUCGGCAGUAUGUUCUGAUUGGAUCGAACAGUAUCUUGCAAAUUACCCAAGCAGUGGAAGUCAAAUUAUAUGGUGGAUCAUGGAGAAUAGGCGGCCAUAUUUUGACCGGGCUAAAAACAUGCUUGAUAAAGUGAAGAAAUUGCUUUUCUUAUCUGAAUCGCAAUCUCAGCAAUGGUUAACCUGGUGCAAAGAGGAGCACAUUCGGUUAAAAUCCCCUCUGGAUAUUGUUCCUCUCUCUGUAAAUGAUGAAUUGGCAUUUGUCGCAGGUUUUAAUACCUCCUUAAGUACUCCUACAUUCAGCAUUGACAAAAUGCUGGAGAGAAGAAAGUUGUUGAGAGAUGAAAUCAGGAGAGAGAUGGGUUUAACUCCUAAUGAUAUGCUUGUGAUGACUCUGAGUAGUAUCAACCCCGGAAAGGGCCAAUUAUUGUUUCUUGAAUCGGCUCUUUUAACAAUCAGCAAGAAUUUUUCUUCAAACAUAGAUUAUGAGAGUCACCUCUCAUUGAAUAUAACCAGCCAAGACCAUCCUACCAUGGAAAAGAAUCAGCAAUCGAGGAUUCUCCUUGAACCCAGUCUUUUAAACAACAAAUCAACAAAUGGAUCCUUCAAAUCUUUUGGAUCAACUAGCGAUAUUGUGAGUGACUCGGAAAAUAAGAGCUCCAAUUUUUCUAUUCUUUCUCCACCUCGUGGUCACAAGCACAAGGGUGGCAAACCCAAAAGGCGUAAAAGAAGGAAGUUGUUGUCAGAGAAUGAAGACAGGCAGGAGCAGGGUCUAAAAAUUUUGAUUGGUUCAAUGGGGUCCAAGAGUAACAAAGUGUUAUUUGUGAAGGUUAUUCUGCGGUUUCUGUCUCAGCAUCCUGAGCUAUCAAAAUUAAUGUUGUGGACUCCAGCAACUACCAAUGUGGCAUCUCUCUAUGCUGCAGCAGAUGUUUAUGUGAUAAAUGCCCAGGGGCACGGGGAAACAUUUGGUAGAGUAACAAUCGAAGCAAUGGCAUUUGGAUUACCGAUUCUUGGGACUGAUGCUGGGGGCACAAGAGAGAUUGUAGAUCACGAAGUUAAUGGACUUCUACACCCUCUUGGCCGAGACGGGGUCCCUAUACUUGCUCAAAACAUACAUUUUCUUCUUAAAAACCCAUGGGCUAGAGAGAGAAUGGGACUCCAGGGGAGAAGUAAGGUGGAGAAGAUGUUCCUCAAGCAUCACAUGUACAAUAGAUUGGCAGGGGUACUCCACAAGGUCAUGAAGAUCAAGUGAAUGUGGGUAUAAGCAUUAUUUGAUGUGCCUCAACGUUCGGAUGCAGAAUGAGGAGGCUGCCAUCUUUCUCCCCCUUUUUUGUUGUUUUUAUCCUCUUCGUGUUGAUUCCAUUUUUUGUCAUUUGUAGAUGUUCUUAGAUUGCUUGAGCGCCUAUCGAUGAUUCCAAUUCUCUUUUCGCUUUUUCAAAGGAUAGGAGAGAGAGAGAGAGAGAGAGAGAGAGAGAAUUGUUGAACACUAGGGGAUACAUACUUAUGGUACCCUCUCUUGUUUUCAGGUUUUGGGCUUUACAUUG